AAGGAACCGACUGAGGGAGACUUUCAUAUACUACCAAGUCUCCGGCUUUAGAAAUUUAGUCAGGAAAUUUGAUAUAUUAAAAAAAAAAUAAACCAAGUAUUAAUUGGUGUUUCUGAGUUGCGAGAAAUUCGUUGGUUUCAACGAUUGUGAAAUUGCGCAGAUUGAAUGUCAAUGGACCUUCUAUCUACGUUGCCGGCUGAGUGUUUAUCGGAGAUUCUGCAGCGAACUUCGCCUGCGGAUGCCAUGAGAUUCGCUACGAUCUCAAAAGGCUCUAAAUCCGCCGCUGAUUCCGACGCCGUUUGGGUCAGAUUUCUGCCGGAGGAUUUGCCGGAAAUUAUAUCAAGAUCUGUAUCUCCGGUGGUCUACGCCAACAACAAGGAGCUAUACUUCAUCCUUUGCAACUCUCCAAUUCUUCUCGAUGCCGGAAAAUUGAGCUUUAGUCUGGAAAAAAGGAAUGGGAAGAAGUGCUACAUGGUGGGAGCAAGAGAGCUGGAAAUUAUCUGGUGUGGCAACACCCCAAUGUACUGGGACCUCACAUCCCAUCCAGAUUCAAGAUUCUCAGAGGUUGCUCUGUUAAAAAUUGUUCAUUGGCUUGAAAUCCGGGGCACGAUGAACACUUGGAUGCUAUCCUCCAACACCGUCUACGGAUGUUAUCUUGUCUUCAAGCUAGACCGGAAUCCCUACGGACUCCAAUCAGCAAAUGCAUUUGUGAGAUUCACGAAUGAUGGAGUUGGUGGUGAUAGUGAUCAGAGGGAAGCUAUUCUCGAUCACUUUGGGCGGGAGAAUGCUCGUGAACGCCACAGCCGGACUGGAGAGGGACCGGUAAGGAUAGGCGAUGGCUUGACAGAGAUUGCGAAGGUGCACCUGCAACGCCCUGAUGGAUCUGAGCAGAGUGGAAGGGUAGCUGUGGGGAGAGGUGAUGGGUGGAUGGAGGUGGAGUUGGGAAGCUUCUAUAACGAUCGAGGCGAUGACGGUGUGGUAGAGACAUGGCUGUUGGGGAACGACGGCUAUCAAGAGAAGUCGGGUCUCAUCGUUCAGGGCAUUGAGUUUAGGCCCAACUCAUGAUUCCUUUCUUCAUUUUUCUUAUUCAGACUUAUGCUUCGUUGCCUUGUGUAAUAGUAAUACACUUUCCGUGGUCAAUUCUAAUAAAAGUAAUUCAUGUGUUUCAAUAUAAAA